ACAUACACCCCCGUCCAACUACCCAAAUAUAAAUAAUAAUGUUUCCUAGGUUUUAUUGCUUUGAUUGUUAUGAAACUGGAAAGUGGUCGUAAUGUAUCUGUCCAGGUUUGGAUAAUCGCUGAUAAAGUGCCAGGUUAUCCAUCAGAGAGCUCAGGAACGGUGUGCCACAGACUGGGAGUGAAGCCCAUGCAGUCCAAAGGCCUCAGCUGGGACUUUGGCAUUGGGGGUAGAUGGGAGCACCUGUCUGUGAGAGGGAACUCUAUAGAGGCCCAGCGUAUGGCACCUCGCAGUCCAAUGCCCAGCCGCACACAGAGUCAGGUGAACGGGAAUGUUGUGGGCUGCUAGAUAUAGUGCCCACCUACCACCAUCAUCAUCACCACCUUCAUCAUGCUUUACGGCAUUUCCCAGUUUGCUGUUCUUUACACCCUUCCUGUCUCUGUGUCCUGUGCCCUUCCAACCAAAUGUGAUUAUUUAUUUUUGAUUCCACUUGCCUGAACAACAAACAUCACUUUUCUGGGUGUGACGUUUGAUUACUGUAUGUGUAUGAUUUGAAUCACCCGAUCCACUAAUGUCUCUUUGUUUUAAGCAUGUUAUGUUAUUUCUUGUUGCUGUAUUUGUUUCUGUAAUGAGUAGAAGACCAUUUUAUGUUAUUGGUUUGAUUAUAUUAUUCGAAAAUGAUUUUAUUUCAGUCCGCUUGCAUUGUCAGAGACACAACUUUCCUACUGUGAUCUAACCACUGACAUGCUGGGGGGGUUUUUUCCCAAUAAAGAUCUGUUAAAAAGCACCAGCUUGUUUUCAUUUGUGAGUUUAAGAAAAUAUAUUUCUAUGAAUUUCUGCGG